AUCGCCGGUUUUGUCCUUUGCAACUAACCAACCACCUCCCCUCCAUCGUCGCAGGACCAACCGCACCCAAUCUCUACCUUCGACCUCUAUCCGACAGACAGACUCCCUCCCGGGUGAUCGUUUAGUGCUCUUUCCUCCCCGCCUCCUGCUUCUCUUCUCUCCAACCAGACAUCACAAUGGGCAAGUUGACCAGCACGAUCGGUAUCCCGAUCAAGCUCCUGAACGAGGCGCAGGGCCACGUUGUCACUCUCGAAAUCACGUCCGGUGUCGUGUACCGCGGAAAACUUCUGGAGGCCGAGGAUAACAUGAACGUGCAACUGAAGGAUAUCACGGUUACCGCCCGCGACGGUCGCGUGUCACACUUGGAUCAGGUCUACAUCCGGGGAAGCCAUGUCAAGUUCUUCAUUGUUCCGGACAUGCUGAGAAACGCCCCCAUGUUCCGCUCACGAGGCCAGCGCGGCCGCGGUGUCGGUCUGGCUCGUGGUAAGGCCACUGUGCAGAGAGCUCGGGGCCAGCGACGAGGCUAAGGGGAUUUGUUUGAUUGAUGAUGAUGGGGAUGGGAGGUGGAUAAUCAUUGACGUUGGUCGGCGUUUGUUUCUUUUCUUUCUGCUAUGGACUCCGCAACUCUUGGAUCUGGGUCGGUCGGUCGGGGGGUUGAUUUUCCAUUGAAUCGAAUAUACUACACGAAAUCGAAUGACGAUUGGCCCUUGUUCUGGAGGAAAUGGAUACCCG